AUGGAUGUUCAGUCGUCCGAUCGACGCUGGUCUGAAAUAGAAGAUGUGCAUCUAUGUUUGUUCUUGCCAGCGAAAACGGCGGUUCUGUCAACGGAAAAAUAUCCAAGGGCGAAAAGCAAGAAGCAACCCGAGAAAUUAAACGUAUAUGCUGAUCUAAAUCUAUAUGUGUACGCUUUCUUUCUUUCUUUAUUUCUUUCUUCCUUUCUUUCUUUCUUUCUCAGGCUGUUCAUAUCUAUCUAUCUAUCUAUCUAUCUAUCUAUUUAUCUAUGUCAUUGUUUGUCUUUUAAUAACUAUAUCCUGUUUAUACAAUGUAUGCAUGUAUGUAUGUAUGUAUGUAUGUAUGUAUCUAUCUAUCUAUCUAUCUAUCUAUCUAUCUAUCUAUCUAUCUAUCUAUCUCCGUCUUUUUCAUAUCUAUCUAUCUAUCUAUCUAUCUAUCUAUCUAUCUAUCUAUCUAUCUAUCUAUCUUUCUGUCUGUCUUUCUGUCUAUCUCUGUCAUUUCAUAUCUAUCUCUAUCAAUUGUUGUCUUUUGAUAACGCUAUGGCCAAGUUUCUUUCCAUCGUUCUUUUUCUUUCUUUCUCACACUUUUCUUUCUUUCUUUCUUUCUUUCUUCCUUUCUUUCUUUCUUUCUUUCUUUCUAUAUCAGACUGUUCAUAUCUAUCUAUCUAUCUAUCUCAAUUGUUGUCUUUUAAUGACUGUAUGAACCCGUUUCUUACUGUAUUUUUUCUUUCUUUCCUUUUUCCUUUCUUUCUUUCUUUCUUUCUUUCUCAAUGUUCAUUUUCAUCCUUUCUUUGUUUCUUCCUUCGCUUCUUUCUUCCUUUCAUCCUUUGCUUUUUUCUUUCUUUCUUUCUUACGCUCUUCAUCUAUUUAUCUAUGUCACUCAAUACGCAUCUAUCUAUCUAUCUAUCUAUCUAUCUAUCUAUCUAUCUAUCUAUCUAUCUAUCUAUCUAUCUAUUUCAAUACUUCUUUAUCUAUCUAUCUAUCUAUCUAUCUAUCUAUAUAUAUAUAUAUAUAUAUAUAUAUAUAUAUAUAUAUAUAUAUCAGUCUUUUCUUAUCAUUCAUCUAUCUAUCUAUCUAUCUAUCUAUCUAUCUAUCUAUCUAUCUAUCUCAGUCUAUUCUUAUCUAUCUAUCUAUCUAUUCAUUUCAGUCUAUUCUUAUUCAUCUAUCUAUCUAUCUAUCUAUCUAUCUAUCUAUCUGUCUGUCGUCGCACUGUGUGCCUAUGUAUGUAUCUAUCACAGUCUGUUCCUAUCUAUCUAUCUAUCUAUCUAUCUAUAUAUAUAUAUAUAUAUAUAUAUCUCAGUCUAUUCUUAUCUAUCUAUCUAUCUAUCUGUCUGCCGCACUCUGUCCCUAUGUAUGUAUGUAUGUAUGUAUGUAUCUAUCACAGUCUGUUCCUAUCUAUCUAUCUAUCUAUCUAUCUAUCUAUCUAUCUAUCUAUCUAUCUAUCUAUCUCAGUCUAUUCUUAUCUAUCUAUCUAUCUGUCUGCCGCACUGUGUCCCUAUGUAUGUAUGUAUGUAUCAUCACAAUCUGUUCCUAUCAUCUAUCUAUCUAUCUCAGUCUAUUCUUAUCUAUCUAUCUAUCUAUCUAUCUAUCUAUCUAUCUAUCUAUCUAUCUCAGUCUGUUCCUAUUCACCAUUAA